GUCAUGAAAGUCCUGUGCCUGUUUUUGCAGUUUGCCGCCGCUUCCGCGUCGCGCGACUGGCUGGGCCCGUUCCAGCGGCUGCAGGUAAGCUCUCCAAUGGUCGUUCACGUCAUUACCGACCCUUCGCGACAGAAGGCUGAUCUCAACAUUGCGGCGGACUCCAUGGGCUUGGGAUGGACAGUGCAGUCCGAGGUCCAACCAAUGACUUUCGGUUCCACACUCUUGCUGGGAAUGGACCAGCGAGCCGCCAGGCAAGAUUUCGCUUGGCCGGAAGGCGGCCAGAUCGCUACGCUCAGAGUGCCUAAGUGGCUCGAGGCCGUUUCGGCCACAGGUGGUGCCAAGGUCUUGGUGGAUAGCGUUAUUGGAGAUCUAUCCGCAGAUGGCAAGAGCAACCUCACGGUGCAGCGCCUGCGGUCCCCUCAGAACAGGUCGCAUCUCUUCCUUGCGGACGAUGCCAACAUCACUGUGCAGUCAGGCGUCAUUGGGGAUGCCUUUGUGCAG